UUUGAUAGCUGGACUCACACAGGAGCCUGAUCAUUAUAUAUUUGCUUGGAGGCUUUGUGCCAUAAGUUUCACGUUCUCCUCGCCCCUUGAUUAAAAGUGUGCAUUUACCGAUAAGCCCUUGGAAAAAAACCGGCUACCAUGAAAAAAGGGCGUGGGUGUUUUUGACUUUCGAGGUUUUGGCUAUGUUAUUUUGAAAGAAAUGGAUUUGAGCGGAGGAGAUCCGAUUCUGUUUCCUUGAAGACUUCUGGAGCGCACUCUUCACCCUAAUCUCCUUCACUCGAUUCAUCCGAUUUCUGUGCUUCUGGGCUGUUGAGGAGGAGUUGUCAGGUUAUCGUCUCCUUUUCCUCGUUCAAUCAGAUGAAAGAAGGGGGUGGAUCCAAACUAACUUGUGAUCUUAUCCUUAAUUUUUUAAGGGUGGGAAUCAGUACAGGAUCUGGAGAACAGAAACAGAGAUAUUCUUGAGUGGCAUUUUGACUCGUGGGUUUAGAGAGGGUGGAUUUGGUUUUGGGAUUUAAAUUUCCAAAUCCAUUGUUUGGAAAAUCCUUUUGAGGGAGUUCAAACCCUCAAAAACUAGACUUCAAACAACAGCUUGGACUGUUACUUGAAAUCUAUACCACCCAGAAUUUAGAAAUUCAAAUUUCAAAUUCAAAUCCAGGGUAUCCAAAUUAACCCCAAAAGGUGUUUAACAGUCCUAUUUGUUUUAUAUAAUGACUAGUAUGAUUAUGUGCACUUCAGCAAAUCAGGGCAGCAGAUGGAAAUUCCAAUAACGUCUCUUAUGAGCUUAGAGUUUUAUGCCAGUGAUGAUGGAGAUUUGAAAACCUUAUUAUAUAUGAGGGAUAGUCCAGAAUUCCAACAAUAUGUGUUUACUCAUCUUUACUACGGAAAAUGUUAAUUCUUCACUGCUGAAUUAUCCUGAUUCUUUAUCCUGACUUAUGUGGCACGGGUAGUCUUGUAAAGUGAUGGCUGUUUUCAUUUUGAAAUUCUUGAGAAAUCGAAUCAGGGAUUCUCAUUUUGAAACAAUGAGUACUGGUCUAAAGAAAUCUCCUUCAAAUGGCUAUGAGAAACCUUCAACAUCUAAAGAACAGCAGGAGAAGAUUAAUGAGGUGAGAAGAUUGAUAGGGCCAUUGCCAGAUAGGUUGUCUAUUUACUGUUCUGAUGCAUCAAUAGCCAGAUACUUAACGGCACGAAACUGGAAUGUCAAGAAGGCAACUAAAAUGCUGAAAGAAACUUUGAAAUGGAGAUCAGAAUACAAACCAGAAGAGAUUCGCUGGGAAGACAUUGCUCAAGAAGCAGAGACUGGAAAAAUAUACAGGGCAAAUUAUAUUGACAAACAUGGGAGAACAGUUCUUGUCAUGAAACCAAGCUGCCAGAACUCGAAGUCAACAAAAGGGCAAAUUAAAUAUUUGGUGUAUUGCAUGGAGAAUGCCAUUUUAAAUCUGCCACCCAACCAAGAGCAGAUGGUAUGGAUGAUUGACUUUCAGGGUUUCAAUUUGUCAAAUAUUUCAGUGAAGUUGACUCGGGAAACAGCCCAUGUUCUACAAGACCGUUACCCAGAACGGUUGGGUCUAGCAAUACUAUACAACCCACCCAAGUUCUUUGAACCAUUCUGGACGGUGGUAAAACCGUUUCUGGAGCCGAAGACUUGUAAAAAAGUAAAGUUUGUGUACUCUGAUGAUCUCAAUGCCAAGAAGAUAAUGGAGGACCUAUUUGAUAUGGACAAGCUUGAGUCUGCAUUUGGUGGGAAUGAUACCGUGGGUUUUAAUAUUAAUAAAUAUUCUGAAAGCAUGAGAGAAGACGAUAAGAAGAUGCCAUCUUUUUGGACAAAAGAUAGUCAUCCUUCAGGAGCCGCCCUGCAACCAGCCCUGGCAAAUGACCCCACUUUGACUCCUAUCAACCUACAGUCAGAUUCUGAUGCUUCAGACAAAGAGAGAGCUGAGAAUCCCCCCUCUUUGACUCAUAUUAACUUACAGUCAGAUUCUGAUGCUUCAGACAAAGAGAGAGCAGAGAAUUCCCCCUCUCAUGGUGUAAAUUCAGGAGAAGGUCCUCUAGACAACAAUGUGCUGGUGAGUGAUGAAAGCAGAAAUGGAGCGGUAGGUAUACAUUAAGUUGAGUGAAAUCAUGAACUAUGAGCCUGAUCUUGGUUAAGAUAAGGUUAUGGAUUUAGACUUUCUGACUGCUUGACAUUUAGUUAGCAACUCAAAAUCAAGAGAAUUUGUCAAUAAUUUUGUUGAGAUGGUGGCAAAACCUUUUGCCACCCAGAGUGAAGCAAAUGGAGUUCAAACCAGGGAUUUUUAAGGAUUACAUAUUUUUUAAGUCCUCUUCUCAUUGAGGACCUUCUCUCUAUUUUGUUUUUUAUUUUAAUUUUUUAAUUCCCUUUUAUUUUUCUUCAAUGUGACAACUUCAUGCUGAUAUAUGCAGGGUGGUUUUCCCUUUCA